AUGAUCACAGUUAGAGCCUGUUGUCAAAUAGAUGCCAACAGUUUUUUCUCCAGAGUUCUACUAGGAGUAUUUGUAUCCGGAGGAUUUGUCUCUCGUGGGCGGAGCCAGACGCCCGCCCAAAAUGGCGGGAAAGAUAGGUUUGACGACGGAUCGAGCUCCAGAGGACAUCUAAUCGACAACGCUCUCCGAGCAUUAUCACGUCACUGGCUGGAAUGCUACUUUAACAAGACAGCAAAAUACGAUAGUGUCCAUAUACAGGCCAGGAGAUUAUUCAGUUUUGAAACUUAUGAUGUAUCUGAAAAUGACAAUCUGUUUCUGAAAGAAGCAGACAAAGGAGCUUGGAGAUUACCAAUUUUGCAAAAUGAGCACAAAAAUAGAGAGAUCGAAAGGUCAUCUUUUGAUCCAAGUUUUACGAAUAUCAAGGAGCUUAAAGUGGAAGAAGAUCUAGAACCAAAGCAAAAUAUCCAAAGAAGUCCUGAAAAAAUAUCCCAAAAUGAGAGCAAUGAAGAAAUAUACAGCAUUAAAAAGCGCAUGCGCCGUGACGUGUUUGUACCAACCUUAGUUAGAGAGGGAAUUAUGAAAAUUACUGAUGGCAUAGAAUGGACGGACGAUUUCCUAAAUAAGUCGUCAAUAGCGUACCAACAAGUGGAGGAAAUGGUGCUUUCUGUGAUUGACUCACUUUUUAAGAACGGACCUAUUUCCAGUUACUUUCACGGUUCCUACAUCAGGCAAUUCAAGAAAGGCAGCGUGAUCGUGCUAUUCUCUAUAGAGUUUAAGAACGACACGAACAUCACACAUUCUGACGAGUCCAUCAACACCGCCUUCCACGAGGCUCUGCUGAACGCAAGUGCUUUUACCAACCUUACUUUAGACGUCAACAACUCAAUGAUAGGGUCAGGACGACAUGCAUUUACUGAAUUGAUUUUGCUUGUUUCUAUCGACAGUGCUCAAAUGGCAAAGAGAAAGAACAACUCUGGCCGAGGAAAACGCCUCAAAGACAAACUAAGAAAGAGAGAGCAGAGGCAGGAGAAGACCCUCCCCACAUCAGAUGCCCUACCUGAUGAUAAACCACCAGAGUCUACUGUCCCAAUUGGGGCAGUAGAUGGAGCUGUCUCAGUUCCACCCAGUAACUUUCUGGGGCAAGGCUCUAUAGGGUUGCCGCCUUUUGAGGGAAAACCCUUGGCCAGGUUGCAGGCCUCUCUUCGCGAGAAAAUGCAACCAACUGUCCUGAGUAAUGCAUCUUCUCAGGGAAGUCGUCUGUGUGCCCGAAACGGAGGCAUGGCACCGUCCCCUGACUCCCCACCGUGGGUUUGUACUCCAGCGAGGGUACCUGAGCCGGACACCGUGCACGUGUCUGGCUCAGCAGGUCAGGCGCAGCUGGAUAUGUCAUCCUCCAAGGGGGAUGAGUCCAGCAGGAUAUUGAUUGAUGCAAACCAGAGUAAAAGAACGAGAUCUAAAAAGGAUACUAAAAGGAAUUUACAUGAUGAAAAUGAGAAUAUAGAAAAUGUAUAUGAGAGAAGUAAAUUAGAUUGCAGAUUUGAAAGAUCACAUACUGGUGGACUGGAUGGUGCUGAGUAUGCAUGUUUUAUUGAUGAUGAUCCAGUAACAAUGUCUCAGGUAACUGUUCAAGGUUCUUUUCAUCAGGGUGACUUUAUGUUUGGUGAAAAUGCAGGAACACAAUGUGUUGCAAACUGCUUAACAGCAUUAGCUUACCACAAAAUUAAGAAUGCGAAACAAUGGAAAACUCCGGAUAUGAAUAAAGUGUUAACAACAGGUGAUGAGCUUUAUACAUACUUACAGCGUAGUUCAACCAUUGUUAGUAGAUACCUUUUAGUUGAUGAAUUGCCCCAGUUCUUUGAGUGUUUUAACAGAAUGUUUGAGUUCAAAGCACAUGAAUCUUUAUGUAUCCUGAUAAAUUUGUCUGAAAUAGAGCCAAACUAUGACGAGUUUAAUGCGUAUUCAAUUUUAGAUGCAUUGGAGAUUGCUCUUGGAGAAACAAGUGGGUGUUUUAUGUGCUUCAGUGGAAAUACGUUUUUGAUUGGAAAAACAUCAGAUGGUUACUUUACAUUUGAUUCACAUUCAAGGUCGUCAUUAGGGAAUAUGACUUUUAAUGGAAAGAGUACAAGGAUACUGUAUCAAUCAGUUUAUGAUGUAUACAAUCAUGUAUUGUCAUUAGCAUUGUCACUGGGACUUAGUGGAAUUAUUGAAUGUGAAGUAACUGGUGUGGAUUGUUCAGUUAAGAAGUUAACAUCUUCUGAUGAACGUGGUCUUCAAAUUGAGCAAACAGAAGUUUCACAUGAUUUUAUGGAGUCUAAUCAGCCUUUUGAAGAGAAUGCAAACACUUUAAAUGCAAGUAGUCAGUCAGUUGCAGAUGAUGAUGUUGAGUUUGUUUGCAGUGAAAGUCACAGUAUUGAUUUCUUGCCAUUAUGUAGCAGUAUGAAAGACCAGCUUUGUGAAAUUAUGGGAAUUCCACAGUCCAACAAAGUUCAUGAUGAUGAACAUGUCUGUUAUGUUGAAGAAAUAGGUGCACCUACUGACUGUAUUGAAAUUCAAAGGGAUGGAAAUUGUUUCUUUAGGGCCAUUUCAUUUUGUUUGACUGGAGUUGAGGAUUAUCAUUACCAGAUACGAUCUGCAGUGUGUCAACAUCUGCUACGCUAUACAAAAUUGUUUGAAACCUUUGUAAGACCUGCAGAACGUUCUGUUGAAAAUCACUUGUCUUUAACAGAUAUGUCAAAAGAUGGUUCAUGGGCAACUGAAACAGAAAUCCUUGCACUCUGUCAUCUCUUGAGUACUGAUGUACAUACAUAUUCAGAGAAUCACUGGAUUACAUAUUCAAGACGAUUGAUAGAACCAACAACAAAUGUUCAACCGUUAGGAUCAAUUUAUUUAGAUCACGAGAAUCAGAAUCAUUAUAAUGUAGUGAUAACAGUUGCUGGAAAAGAAACAGAGAAUUUCAUGAAAUCUGAAUUUGUUGGGAAUGAAGAAUACAGAAAAAAACAAAUAAAUCGAAACCGCAUGAGGGCAGUACGUAUUACUUCAUCUUCAAAAAAAUUAUGUAGUCAUGAAAUGAAACUAAGGAAUGGGGAUUACAUGGAAAGGAGAUCAAGAGCAGCAAAACUGAAGUACAAGACAGACCUUAAAUAUCGAUUAAAAGUAUUAGCAGAUGGAAGAAAUAGAUACAGCAACAACAAAGAUUAUCAAGCAAAGGUAAAAACAAGGAUUUUGAGAAAAUACACUUGUGACAAAGAAAACAGGUUGAAAGUCAUGGAAUACAGCAAAAGCUUUAGCAGAAGGAAGUACAUAGCAAAUGAUCUAUAUAGACAAUACAAGAAGAAAACAAGCAUCGAAAAAUAUAGUUCAGAUGUAGUGCAUAGAAUGGAUGUCCAACAAAGGAGUACAGAGAAGUACAAAAAUGAUGAUGUACACAGAAUGGAUGUCAAACAAAGGAGUACAGAGAAGUACAAAAAUGAUGAUGUACACAGAAUGGAUGUCAAACAAAGAAGUACCAUGAAGUACAAAAAUGAUGAUGUACACAGAAUGGAUGUCAAACAAAGGAGUAGAGAGAAGUACAAAAAUGAUGAUGUACACAGAAUGGAUGUCAGGCAAAGAAGUAUACAGAAGUACAAGAAUAACGAAGUACACAGAAUGGUUGUCAAAAAAAGGAGUACAGAGAAAUAUAACAAUAAUGAAGAACACAAAAAUAAGGUAAAGACUGUUUUGAAAAGAAAAUAUAAUACCAGUGCAGAUGAGAAGAGAAAAAAGAAAGAGAAUGUUCUUAAUCAGAGACGUGCUCAGAAAGUGAAGCUGGAAGAGGAAGAUGAAGUUGUGAAAUUGUUUAAAGAAAGUGUCAGAAGUGGCCCAGAGUACACAUGUUGCUGUUGUCAUCGUUUAUUAUUUGAACACCAAGUUCAAGGAUGUAGACUUGAAAUGUACAAAGAAAGGAAGAAGGUGAAUGAUAUUGCAGAGACUUGCAUACAAAAGAAAUAUGUUCAUGAUUGCACAUUGUCUUGUCCAGUGUAUUGCCCACAGUCAUCAUUAUGGAUAUGUUUUACUUGCCACAGAAAAAUACUGAGUGGUAAUACACCAGCAGAGGCAGUUGUAAAUCGAAUGUCACUAGAGGAAAUUCCAAGUGAAUUGAAGGAUUUAAACAGUUUGGAGCAGCAUCUCAUUGCCUUGCAUAUUCCAUUUAUGAAAGUGAUGGCUCUACCCCAAGGUGGUCAAAGAAAUGUACACGGACCUGUUGUAUGUGUGCCGUCUAAUGUGCAAAAGGCAAAAAGUUUACCCCGAAAUGAGAAUGACAAUUUAUUGUUAAGAGUUAAGCUGAAACGAAAAUUAGCUUACAAGGGUCAUUUUGAAUACCAGUUUGUUAAUCCGAAUCAUAUUAAUAUGGCUCUUGAUUAUUUAAAGAAAGAAAACAAAUGGUAUAAGGAUGUUGGGAUUAAUACCACAUGGGAAGAAAAUGAUGACCAAAAUGAUUUGCUAUCGAAUAAGUCGACUGAAUUUGUAGACGAGGAAAUGAAAGAAGAAGACAGAGAUACGAAUCAAGAAGUUGUUACUGACACAUGCUUACAGCCUGUGGAUGUUGCACAAGAAGUUCUUGAUCAUUACUUUGACGAUGUUUACAAUAUAGCACCUGCCGAAGGAAAAAAUCCAAUCAGAAUGUUGCAAGAAGAGGGAAACGAAGCAAAGACAUUUCCUCAUUUAUUUCCAAGUGGCAACUUUUCUUGGAACGAACAUCGAGACGUGAAAAUUACCCUUUCAAGGUAUUUUAACAAUAGACUGAUGAAUUCUGAUAACAGAUUUGCUAAAGACACAAAUUACAUUUUCUUCUCACAGUACAUGUCAGAAUUGAAUCAAGUAAUUGAAAAAACACAGAUUUCAGUACGAAAGUCAUUAUCAAAGCUUGAUGGUGGGAAAGCAGUAACAUCUGAAAUGUUGCAAAAUCCAGACAUUCUCUCCAAACUGCUGAGGAAUGAUGAGGCUUUACGCUUUAUGCAACCCAUUCGAGGAACACCUGCAUAUUGGUCGACUACUCAAAAAGAUCUGUUUGCUAUGCUACGACAGUUGGGUAUUCCAACAUGGUUUUGCUCUUUUUCUGCGGCAGAGUACAGAUGGAAUGAAAUUAUUGGAUCAAUAUUGCAUCAUGAUAAUGAUUCUAGAUCGCCUACUGAUUUAGACUGGUCAGAAAAGAGUGAAAUUUUGAGAAGUAAUCCAGUUACUGUGGCCAGAAUGUUUGAACAUAGAUUCCAUAUGUUUCAAAGACAUGUUAUACUCUCACCAUCAAAACCAAUAGGCAAUGUUACUGAUUAUUUUGUAAGAGUAGAAUUCCAGCAAAGGGGCUCUCCACACAUGCACUGCUUGUACUGGGUUGAAAAUGCACCAAAAUUUGAGGAGGAUGACGAGGAAACAGUUUGUGAUUUCAUCGAUAGAUAUAUCACAUGUGCUUUACCUUCUGAAAAUGAGGACUCGGAACUCCGGAGAAUUGUUUUAGGUGUUCAGCAGCAUAGCAAGAAUCAUUCAAAAUCAUGUAAGAAAAAGGGAACAGAUUGUAGAUUCAAUUUUCCAAGACCGCCGUCGGAAAGAACAUUUAUUACAAGACAGUGUGAGGAAGAGGAAAAGGACAUGGAGACUGACGGAAACUUCUGUAAAUCUCAAGCAAAAGAUAUCUUGCUGCAUGUUUGGAAUGAGGUACUUAAUGAUGAGAAUGAAUGCAAAACUACUGAGGAAAUGUUCAUGAAUAUGGGAUUAUCUCAAGAGUUAUAUGAAAAAGCACACAGACUAUUAUCGGCAAAAACAAGUACUAUCUUGAGACGAAAUCCAGAUGAAAUGUGGACAAAUCAAUACAGCACCUGCCUUCUGAAAUGCUGGGAUGCUAACAUGGACAUUCAAUACAUACUUGAUCCAUUUAGCUGUAUUGUAUACAUUAUUUCAUACAUUUCAAAAUCGGAACGGGAAAUGGGAAUGUUGUUGAAACAAACUCAAAUAGAAUCUGCUGAGGGGAAUUUAAAUGCUCGUCAAACAAUGAAAAAAAUUGGAUCAGCUUAUCUCAAUCAUAGAGAGGUCAGUGCACAAGAAGCAGUAUACAGAGUCUGCAAUCUAAAAAUGAAAGAAAGUUCAAGAAAGGUGGCUUUUGUUCCUGUUGGGGAAAAUCCAACCCGGUUAAGUAAACCUCUUGCACAAAUGAAAAGAAAAUCAAAUAAUGAAAAUGAUGUUGACAUUGAAGAUGAUGAUGACAGCAUUUGGAUGACAAAUAUAGUAGAGAGAUAUGAAAGUCGACCUGAUUCACAUUCUUUUCCCGAGAUGUGCCUUGCAGAAUUUUGCUCCGAAUAUCGUGUUCUGGCGAAAUCUCAGAUUCCUAAGGGAGAAAAAGAAACUGUUUUUGAAUUGAAGAAUGGAAACGGAUACAUUCAGAAAAGAACAAGAGGAAAGCCAGCCGUAAUAAGAUAUCCAAGAUUCAACCCCGAAAAUGCACCAGAAAAGUAUUAUCAAUCAAUACUACAACUGUUUCUUCCAUAUGUGAACCAAGAUCAACUGAAACCACCUGGAUUUGACUUACACCAGACUUUUUAUGAAAACGGGUUUGUCAAUAUGAAAACUGUAAACAAACUACAAUCGGUGAGAAAUAUUGUGGAAAAUAAUCGUAGUAUCUUUUCAAAGAAUGAGGAUGCCAUUGAAAAUGCACAAGAAACUUUAGAAUUUUAUGGUGAACCUGAAGAUGCUUGGGCAAACCUUUGUCCAGAAACUGAAAAGAAUCGAGAAGAAUGUCUAAAAGAAAAGAGGACAAUAGAACAAUCAGAAAAUAGAAAACCAGAGACUACGCAUGAAAUUGAACUUGAUGGUUGCUCAGACAUGAUCUAUCAUAUAAGGGAAAAUUCUAACUCAAGACAAGAAAUUCUUCCUUUAUUGAGAAGUUUAAAUCAAAAACAGAAGCAGAUUUUCUAUUUAGUUCGUGAUUGGUGUUUAAAGAAAGUGUCUGGAAAGGAAAUAGAACCAUUGCAUAUCUUUGUCACCGGAGGUGCAGGGACAGGUAAAAGUCACUUGAUCAAGACUAUACAGUAUGAAGCUUCAAGGGUUUUUGAAAGAACACUUUUAACUCCUUCAGAUUUGUCAGUUCUUCUCACAGCUUUUACUGGAACAGCGGCUUUCAAUAUUGGGGGAAAUACAAUUCACCAUGUCUUUUCUUUGACCAAAGCACUACCCAUUCCUUAUGAACCUCUGAAGGAACAGACUUUGAGUGCAAUGAGAGUAAAGUUAGCAUCUCUACAGAUUUUAGUCAUUGAUGAAGUUUCAAUGGUUUUCAAACGACUUUUGUACUACAUUCACGAACGCCUGGUGCAAAUCAAGAAAUGUAAGGAACCAUUUGGUGGUAUUUCGAUUAUAGCUGUUGGAGAUUUCUUUCAAUUGCCUCCUGUAAAACAACGAAAAGUGGAAAUAUUGUACAAAGAAAAUGCAGAAUAUCCUAUUGACUACUGGUUAGACUUUUUCAAAAUUAUUGAGUUGGACGAAAUAAUGAGACAACGAGAUGAUGCUGCAUUUGCUUCAGUUUUGAAUUCAUUACGGGUUCGAACAAUUGAAGAACCACUAUCAGAGGAGGCGAAAACAAUGUUAAAAGAGUGCAUUAGAGAUGGACCAGAGGAAGUGCUGCAUGUGUAUCCUACAAAUGAAGAGGCAAAUGAAUAUAAUCUCAAGAUGUUGCAAACUAGUUGUGGAGAAUUAAUAGAGGUAGCUGCUGAAGAUUAUCAGAAAGACAAAACUACAGGAAAGCUGACAUUACGAGAACAACCUUUUCUAAGGACAAGAACAGACGGCCUUUCAACUUCAUUGCUGUUGUCUGUGAAUGCUAAAGUGAUGCUGACAAGAAAUAUCAAUGUGGAAGAUGGACUUGUUAAUGGUGCAAUGGGGCAUAUUUCAGAUUUUGAUUUUGGUACAACUCCGCAAAGAAAUAAGAUAGAAGGAAUUAAAGUGGUUUUUGAUUGUGAAGAUAUUGGUAGACUCCUAGGAAAAAGGACAGCACGUGGCAACGAAGUUCUGAUUCAAAGAAUACAAGAAGAUAUCAGAGAGAAAAAUACAAAGAAUUUUGUUCGACACCAGUUUCCUUUGAAACUCGCAUGGGCAUGCACAGCACACAAAGUUCAAGGAAUGACAACUAACUGCGUUGUUGUUAAUUUAGAUCGCACUUUUGCUCCUGGACAGGCAUAUGUUGCAAUUAGCCGUGUCACUUCACAAAAUGGUUUAUUCAUAGAAACAAGGGAUGAAAAUGCUUUGGAAAAAAAAAUUUAUGCUAACCCAGACGUAAAAUCAGCACUGAAAACAUGGUUGACAGACAAUGAAAGUACAAAAUACUUUGAAGUUCCUGACUUUGAAUUCAACCAUAUUACAAGGAAGCAGUCUUACGAUGAAAGUAUGGACACAUUCGCUCAACUUCGCACAGCAAAAGGAGGAGGUGUUGGUGUUUACAAGAAGAGAGAGAGGAGAAGGCUUUAG